GGCGCUGUGCGCUAUUUGAUCGUUGUCCUCCAUAGUGUGUGGUAAGGUCGGUGCAGAAAUGGAGCCUUUCUACUCGCUGUUGUCUGUGAUGGGGCUGGCGGUCGUGUGUCCGUCCAUCUUUUGUUUCGACUUUGAUAUCAUCGGCAGCCUACCACCAGAAAUCGCGAUAACCAUCUUGAGGCAGCUUGACGAAGAGGCACUGUGGGCGGCGAGCCGCGUGAGUCGCCGCUGGAGCCGGCUGUGCAGGGCGGACGCGGUGCUGCAGCGGAGGCUGCGCCAGCAAGAGGCGCUGCGCCGGCGGCGGGCAGAGGCGCGCGUCUGGGCCGUCCAAUUCGCUGCCGCGCCUGCCGGCAGGGAUCUGCAGACCGCGCUGAAGGUGCGCAACAUCAGGCGGCCGCUCCAACACGUCCCAGCAGGUCGACCGCAGCCGUAUGCAGCUCCUGCGAGCGCGCAGAAUACGAAGACGCAGAAGAAAUCGAGGCGGUUGCCAGCACCUGGUGCUCAGGGUGCGUCCCUGUUGUCUCGAGGCAGCUCCACUACUUCUGCCAACAGACCGUUACGAAUAUGAAAACUGUAUUUUACGCCAAUAAACUACU